AUUAUAGUUGCUGUUCUAUUUUACCUUCUCCACAGAAGAAGAAGCAGGUAACAAUCGCAAUUUACAAAAGAUGGACGAGAGAGUUGUAAAUUCGAGAUUCAAGAGUGUGGGUGUGUUCUGCGGGAGCAGCACCGGCAAGCGGAACAGCUACAGAGACGCCGCCAUUGAUUUGGGUCAAGAACUGGUGCCCCCUGUAUUUCUGCAUAAUAAUGUGUCGAGGAGGUUGGACCUCGUUUACGGAGGUGGGAGUAUUGGGCUGAUGGGUUUGGUUUCCCAAGCUGUUCAUCGCGGUGGAUGCCAUGUUCUUGGGAUCAUCCCAAGAACUCUGAUGUGCAAAGAGCUAACUGGAGAAACGGUUGGGGAGGUAAGGCCAGUGGCCGACAUGCACCAAAGGAAAGCUGAGAUGGCCCGCCAUUCUGAUUGUUUUAUUGCCUUACCAGGCGGGUAUGGAACUCUGGAAGAGUUGCUGGAGGUAAUCACCUGGGCUCAGCUGGGUAUUCAUGACAAGCCUGUGGGUUUGCUGAAUGUGGAUGGGUAUUACAACUACUUUCUCACAUUCAUAGACAAAGCAGUGGACGACGGCUUCAUCAGGCCAUCCCAAAGGAGCAUCAUCGUCUCUGCCCCCAGCGCCAAAGAACUUGUGCAGAAACUUGAGGAGUACGUGCCUGUGCAUGAUGGAGCCAUUGCUAGGGCGAGGUGGGAGGUGGAACAGCCAUCACCACAGCUGCAGCAGCAGCAGCAACAGCAGCAGCAGGGGUUUAAUGCUGCCACAACUUUGCAGACUGAGAUAGCUUUAUAAGGAGAAGAGACAAAGAAAUGAACAAUCAUUUUAGAAAAAGUGAAAAAAAGAAAAGAAAAGUUGAAUCAAAAGGAAUGGGUUUUUGGGUCUCCUUGUUUUCAAUCAUUCCUCUCUGUUUUUUGGUCUCUGAUCAAAUAGGCACAAGUAAAUCUGUUAAAGGGACAAUUGGGCAAAUGCUCUGUUUUUUCUUGUAGGGGGAGGAUUAAGCAGUUAUGCUUUAGGUUUAGGUUUAGGGUUAAUUUGUGCAGCAGCCGGCCUUUUUUUUUUUUCAGUGGUCUGACUAAUAUAUAUAUAUAUAUAUAUAUAUAUAUAUAUGUAUAGUGGAUGAGAGACUAUGUAUUUAUGCAUAUGUAUGUAUGAAAGAAUGGGGAGACUGAAGAAGGGAAGAAGCUAAAACCAAAAGCCGCAGCUUUGCUGUGUGUUUGUCUCCACAGCUGAUGAUGAAUGAGAAUAUAGGCAUGGAGAUGGAUGCAUGCCUUUAUUGACAGUGGCCGACUAUGGUGAAAUGAGUUCUCUUUUUCUGUGUAAUCAUCUGCUGUUUUGGGUUUUUUGGGGGUUUAAGGUACUGUUUGGGGAGUGGGGGGUAAAUGAUGGUUUUAUGGGGGCUGCAUCAUUUUGGCUUUUUUCCAACUGGGUGUUUGGCUCUGGCCCUGCUCUGUUCUGACCACCGUCAUCACACCCAAUUUCAAUUAAUUAAUUCCACAUUUCAUUUGCAA